AUGGAUGCAACCCCUCAGCGAGACACUGAAUUCUACUUUGACACAAUCACGUUUCUUGUCGAUAAUAUCAUUUUCAAAGUCCCUUCUCAGUACAUUCACGAGGAGUCGGAAGUGUUCGGUGCUGGGGCACAAAUAUCCGCUCAAAGUGAUGAAGGAUCGUCGGACGCGAAUCCCGUGAAACUUUCACCCUUGCCCCACGGAUGUAGUGCCGAAGAUUUCAGACAUCUCCUUAGGAUUAUCGUUGCUUUGACUGUGAAGCUACCUACACCCAAGAGCUAUUCAUUGGAGCAGUGGCUCUCCGUACUCAAGCUCUCGACUGCCUGGUUUUUCUCCGACAUACGCACGCUGGCUAUGGGGGAAGUAACAGCGUCAACAUCUCACUAUACUAACGAUCAGUGGAUCACAGUACUGGACUUUGCUCAUAGCCAGGGUUCUGACCGGUUCUCUGACCUUCGUGAUCUUGCUAUUACCCGCAUAUCUGGAUUCAAUUUCAGUUCCAAGGUGGACCAGGUCCUCAUGGGCCGGAAGUAUCUCCACAAACCGUGGAUAAUACAGGGGUUAAGAGAUCUCGUCAAUGCAUCUGCCCUGCCCUCUUUAAAGGAGCUCACCCGGCUAGGACAAAAUACCGUCCUUACCUUACUCUACAUGGCAUUUCAGAGAGCGCAGAGCAUGGGCACGAACAGGGGAUAUCAUCAUAGUUACUCAUACCGUGGCCCUUAUAACGAUGUAGAGGUUGAGGAGUAUUUUGUUGAUGAGAUUAUUUCGCUUUUCCCAGUCUCUCGCCCUAGCUGA